CUUCCGACAUCAGCACGCGACGCACCGGACAGCUAUAAGCUAAAGCUAACUGUCUCACUUUUAUCGGUGGCGUGUGGUUUAUUUACGAAUGCGAAUGAGGAAAAAAUAAUUUCUACAUCUUUGUAUGAAUCAUACAACUGCAGGCAGCGUUUAUGGUUGUGGUUGAGUUAUUUAUUACUUGAAUUUCAGCUCAAAUUUUACUAAUUCCUACGCUACAACUUAUCGGUAACGGUGUACUGCGUUUACAUUCCGUGCGCGUGCUGAAGACGCCGGUAUGAGUUAUGGUUACGGUGGUGGUGGUGGUGGAAGAAGAGGCAGAAGAGGUGGUCGAGGACACAACAGGGAUGGAAGCAGAGACAGAUUUGACAGGCUUGGUGGUGGAGGAGGUUCAAGAGGUGGUUCCGACGUUGACCAGGACCGUCCUCCUCCUCACCUCAGGGGCCGUGAGAUCGGUAUGUGGUACGCACGGCAUGGGGCCGUGAGAAGGAAACAAGCUGACCGGAGAUCGCGGGCGGUGGUCCACAUGGAUGAGGCCAGAGAGGAGCACAUCACCAAGCUGCUUAACUCCGUCAAGACAGAGCGGUCCGGUCCAAGGAGAGACGCCACUUAUGCCAGUGCGUCUAUGUCUGGAACCCGGAGGACAGCAGCAGAUGAGAGUAGUCACUGUUACUUUGAUGGGGAUUUGCCUGAAGAAGAGAAACACAAGACUGAGGUUAAAUCUGAAGAGGAAGAGGAAGACAUUUCUCCAGGCCAGAAAAAUAUACAAAGUGAUUCAUCUAAAAAAGCAGUUAAAGACGAGCCUCCAGAGAACUGGGAUGAAGAGGAUCAAGAAGAGGAUAAGAAAGAGGAACUCUUGAGAAAAGACAAAGAUCUGGAGUUUUUAUUUCAGGAAGUGGUCAGAGACAAUUUAAAGGAUGAUCGCUUUAAAAUGGAUCUGCAAAGCAAGAAAUCAGACUGGAAGUACAAAGAGAUGUUGAAAUUCAGGGAGAAGCUACCGUCCUUUGGGAAAAAAGAGGAGCUUGUUGAGCUGAUCAACUCUAACAGUGUCCUGGUGGUGAGUGGGGAGACCGGUUGUGGAAAGACCACGCAGGUCACUCAGUUCAUCCUCGAUGACCACAUCAACAGAGGGAUGGGCUCGACGUGCCGCGUGGUCUGCACGCAGCCUCGUCGUAUCAGCGCCAUCUCAGUAGCCGAGCGCGUGGCUGCAGAGAGAGCAGAAAGCGUGGGGAACGGGAAUUCUUGUGGGUAUCAAAUCCGCCUGCAGAGCCGGUUACCACGGAGGCAAGGUUCAAUCCUGUAUUGUACGACGGGCAUCAUUCUACAGUGGCUUCGCUCAGAUCCGUUGCUGUCUAGCAUAAGCCACCUUGUGUUGGACGAGAUUCAUGAGAGAAACCUUCAGUCAGACGUUCUGCUCGUCAUCGUGAAGGACUUACUCAGACUCCGAAGUGACCUCAAAGUCGUCCUCAUGAGCGCCACGCUCAAUGCAGAGAAGUUUUCUAAGUAUUUUGACAACUGUCCAAUGAUCCACAUUCCUGGGUUGACAUUCCCGGUGGAAGAGUUCCUGCUUGAGGACGUUGUGGAGAUGACGAAGUAUCGACCUAAGAAUCAGGACCGUCGUCCCACAUGGAAGAGAGGCUUUUGGCAGGGCCGCAACUCCAGACCAGAGAAAGAGGAGAAGGAGCAGGAAUACCGUGAGAGCUGGCCUUGCUACGCCCGCACACUACAGGGCAGAUACUCCGACAGCACAAUCGAGGCCCUGGAGAUGUUAGACGGAGAUGAGAAGAUUGAUCUGGAGCUGAUCUUGACGCUGAUCCGUCAUAUUGUACUCAACGAGGGGGAAGGAGCGAUCUUGGUCUUCCUGCCAGGUUGGGACAACAUCAGCGGUCUCAAUGACCUGCUGAUGGCGCAGCAGAUGUUCAGAUCAGACCGGUUUGUUAUCAUCCCUUUGCACUCCCUCAUGCCCACCGUUAAUCAGACACAGGUAUUCAAAAGACCUCCAGCAGGAGUCAGAAAGAUCGUGAUUGCUACCAAUAUAGCUGAGACCAGCAUCACCAUAGACGACGUCGUCUUUGUGAUCGAUGGAGGCAAGAUUAAGGAGACCAACUUCGACACCAACAACAACAUCAGCACCAUGACGGCUGAGUGGGUUAGCUUGGCCAACGCCAAACAGAGGAAGGGACGCGCAGGGAGAGUGCAACCAGGAAAGUGUUAUCAUCUGUACAACGGGCUGAGGGCCAGCCUGCUGGAUGCUUAUCAGCUACCUGAAAUCAUGAGGACUCCGCUGGAGGAGCUCUGCCUGCAGAUAAAGAUUCUGAAGCUUGGUUUCAUAAGCCAAUUUCUGGAGAAAGCCCUUGACCCUCCCACUGAGAAGGCAGUCAACCUUGCCAUCAAGAGCCUCACAGACCUGAACGCCCUGGACCACACAGAGGGUCUGACAGCUCUGGGUUUCCACCUGGCCCGUCUGCCUGUGGAGCCUCACAUCGGCAAACUCAUCCUGUUUGGAGCUCUGCUGGGAUGCCUCGACCCUGUACUCACCAUCGCUGCUUCACUCAGCUUCAAAGACCCUUUUUUCAUCCCCCUGGGUAAAGAGAAGAUGGCGGACAUGAGGAGAAGAGUCUUGUCUCGAAACUCUAAAAGUGAUCACCUCACUAUCGUCAACGCUGUCAAGGGCUGGGAGGAAGCCAAGCAGCGUGGUGUCAGGUACGAGAGGGACUUCUGCUGGGACAACUUCCUGUCUGCCAACACACUCCAGAUGCUGCACAACAUGAAGGGUCAGUUUGCAGAACAUCUCAUGCACGCAGGUUUCGUCUCCAGCGGCGACCCCAAAGACCCCGCGUCCAACGUCAACUCAGACAACGAGAAGUUAAUCAAGGCGGUAAUUGUAGCUGGACUGUAUCCGAAGGUGGCCAUGAUCAAACCGUCUCACAGCAAAAAGAGACCCGGGGUAAAGGUGUACACACAGGCCGACGGGAAGGUGUGCAUCCACCCGAAGUCCGUCAACGCUGAGGAGAAGGAGUUCAACUACGCGUGGCUCAUUUACCACCUGAAGAUGAGAACAAGCAGCAUCUUCCUGUACGACUGCACCGAGGUGUCUCCCUUCUCCCUGCUGUUCUUUGGAGGAGAUAUCAGCAUCCAGAAGGACGAGGACCAGGAGACCAUCGCAGUCGAUCAGUGGAUCGUCUUCAGGUCCCCAGCGCGUAUCGCUCACCUGGUUAAAAGUUUAAAGAAAGAGCUAGAUUCUCUGUUGGAGGAGAAAAUCAGCAAUCCGGCUCCUGUAGACUGGAACAACCGUCAGUCCAAAGACUGUGCUGUCAUCACCGCCAUCAUAGACCUCAUCACCACCCAGGAGCAGCAGCAAAGACUACAGCCAGACGUGGGCAUCGACCUCCAGAGGAUUGUUUAUGUACGUCAAUAAUGAAGACGAUGAGGACGAUGAUCAGAAGCAGCCAGGCGUGAUGAAAAUCUGAGUUUGUUAGAAUAUUAAUGACAGAGGGCAGCCUUAAUGGUUCAGACUUCUGCGCUGCUGAUGACGUAAUAAAAGGUCAAAUACUGAAAAUGGUAAAAAGAAAAAGAUGAUUUUUCAUGUACUCACAUUACACGUAGUUUGUUUGUACAUUUCCAAGAAGGAAAUGUUUGUUUUUUUCCCUAAGCAGCGCCACUUAAAGGCUUGUGCAAUAAUUAAACAACUCACUGUUUCACUUCAUCUGGAGGACGUCGUCAUGCAUCUGAUGAAGCUGCACUUGGACAGUGAAAGGAGCAUUUAGAGGAAUUUUACAGUGAAUAAUUACAUAACAGUCUCAGUCAUGUGGACAGAAGGUUAAGUUAGGCAGCAGUAGCUCAAGAGGUUGAGCGGGUUGUCCGGUAAUUGAAAGGUUGCAGGUUCAAUCCCGGCUCCAGACAGAGAAUUCUGCUGUUGUGUCCUUGGGCAACCUGCUGGUGGUGGUCGGAGGGACUGGUGGCGCCUCUGCUCAGCAGCCUCGCCUCUGUCAGUGCAGAUAGCUCUAUUGUAGCUCAUCACCGCCAGUGUGUGAAUGGAUGAAUGAGACACUGUAGUGUAAAGCACUUUGGAGUCCUUUGACUCUGAAAGGCGCUAUACAAGAGCGGGUCGUUUAUCAUCAUUAAGUUGAAACAGAUAAAAUUCUGUUGGCUGGGGGGGGGGGGGGGUUCAGUUUUUCUCCUUUUAAAAAGAUCAAAGAAGGAAAAAGUCUGUUCACCAUCUAUCCCACUUUCAUACUUCCUGGUUCCAGAGCCAAUCACAGUUACUUAUACAGAAGUUAUUUCUCGGGUAAAUGGCCUUUAUUUGUAUAGCGCCUUCUUAGGGUUCUACAACCCCCCAAGGUGCUUCACAAUACAAUCAGUCAUUCAUCCAUUCACAUGCUAGUGGGGAUGAGCUACGGUGUGACCACAGCUGCCCUGGCCUGGGGCACUCUGACCGAGGCGAGGCCUGCCGUACACUGAUGCCACCAUUUCCUCUGACCGCCAUCAAGGACAGAACGGUAGCAAUCUCUGGUGGUUGGGGCUAGGAUCGAACCUGCAACCUUCUUAUUACUGGACAACCCCCUUUACCUCCUGAUCUACUGCUGGGUAAAGAAGGCUAGAAGCUAGCGUUGAGUUAACAAUGCUAACGGUGAUUUAGAAAAGAAGUCAACUCUACAAAUAUCUCAAACUACUUUAUUUACCAACAACUCAACAUUACAGUACAAUGUAUUUGUCUUCUCAACUUAAAGUAACACUACUUUUUUAAACUUUAAGCUAGAGCUUUAACGUUGAUCUCAGUGAUGGCUGAGUUAUUUGACACCACUCUGCAUUCCUCUACUGGCCAGAUGCUGCGCUUAACAGCUUUGUAGAGUGGGUAGGUGCCCUGUAGGGGGAGCUCUUUUUCUGCUUUAUGGCAGUUAGCUGUUAUGCUAGCAGUUAGCUUUUUCAGUUUGGCGAUCAUCAAUAAAAAGCACAAGAAGAAAAAGAA